AAACCCUCUCUCUCUCUCUCUCUCUCUCACCUCCACACACACCGUGUCACAUAGUGCACACAGUACACACGCCAUUUACGCUCGAAAACACCGCAGAUAUAUGCAGACUGAGUGAUUGGGUGAGAGAGGGAGGGGUGGUAAAAGAUUUGAGAGCAAAGAAAAAUGGCAACCCAGUUUCCGGACGACUUUAAAUGCCCCAUUUCCCUCGAGAUAAUGUCUGACCCGGUUAUUCUCUCAUCGGGCCAUACCUUUGAUCGCUCCUCAAUCCAACGGUGGCUUGACGCCGGCCAUCGUACAUGUCCGAUUACUAAACUACCCCUCUCCGAGCCACCUUCCCUCAUCCCCAACCACGCCCUUCGGAGCUUAAUUUCCAGUUAUACCCUCGUCCCUCUCCCCGAAGCCCAUACCAACCCGGACCCGAAUUCCUUAAUCCGAACCAUCGUCUCCGUUUCUUCUCAUCUGGUCUGCAAGCUCGACUCGCUCGACCAGCUGGGUCGCCUCUGUAAACGGGAUUCCUCAAUUCGCCGCCGACUGACUGAGUCCGGAGCUGUGUCAGCUGUUUUGAACUGCGUCAACGCCGACGACACCUCACUCCAAGCAAAAGCCCUCCAUUUGCUGCUUAACUUGAGCUUGGAUGACGAUAACAAAGUCGGGCUCGUCGCCGAAGGGGUUGUCGGAAAAUUAGUCGCCGCUGUUCGCUCUGGCUACGGUGACUCCCGUGCUGUGGCAGCUACGGUGUUGACCAGCCUCGCGGUGGUGGAAGUCAACAAGGCCACAAUCGGGGCGUACCCGAAAGCCAUUUCGGGCCUAAUCGGGCUUCUCCGGGCCGGGAAUGGAAGGGAGAGAAAAGAGGCCGCCACAGCUCUGUUCACCCUCUGCUCCUUCGCCGAUAAUCGGGUUCGGGCCGUGGAGAAUCGGGCCGUUCCGAUACUAAUCCAAAAUGCGAGUUCGGGACUAGGGCGGGCCGUGGAAGUUUUGGGCUUGCUGGCAAAAUGUGCAGAGGGCAGAAAAGAAAUGCUAGACUAUGAUGGGUUUUUGGAAAUUUUGAUUUUUGUAUUGAAAAAUGGGAGUUCAAGAGGGGUACAAUAUGGGCUUUUGACUAUAAAUUUGUUGUGUAGUUGUAGUGAAAGAAUGUGUUUGGAAGUUUUAAGAGAAGGCAUUUUUGAGAUUUGUUUGGGGUUGUUGGAAGAUGAUAAUGAGAAGGUGAGAAGAAAUGCAAAAAAUUUGAUCCAAGUACUGCAAGGGAAGAAUAGAAGAAAUCUUAGCUGAAUUGGAAAGUCCAAUUUACUUUUUAGGGGUUGGAGGUGAAAUGUGAAGUUUUUUGGUGAUUAUGAUAUGGUGGAUAACUAUGAUGAAUUUGGGAAAAUUCAAGUUUCAAUUAGAGGUUAGUCACACUUCUUUUUUCUUUCUUCCUUUUGGGGAGGGGGAGGUGGUUGGGUUGUUUUGGGUGGGUGGACGGGCGGGCUGGCUAAUUUGUCUAGGUUUACUAUUUUUGGUUGAUACUGUUUGUUUCUUUUUCCUUAUUUGUACAAAAGAUUAGGUUUUUCCUUGAAAAUCUUGUUCUUUUGUUGUAUAUUUUUCCAAUAAAAAGGAUGGUAUCCAAAU